GGGUUCAGCACCCAAUAGGAACUAUGGCAUUGAGUCAGCGGAGUCCACUGACAACUCCUUGCUUGAAUUGGAACAGCGUGUGGAAGAAGCAUGACCUAUGGUUGAAAGAGUGCUUCGAGAAAGAGAAGAAAGAGAAGAGUUUGGACGAGAAAUUGAAAGAAAAGAGCAUGAAAUACGAGCAGAAAGAGCACAGAAGAAGAGAGAAAGAGAGGCAAGGGAGCUAGAGGAAGCCAGAGGAUGGCCUCAACAGCAGGAACCAGUUACUGGACAGUCUUUGUGGCUUUGUGAACAUUACCAACGUCAUUGUAGAGUUCGUUUUCCUUGCUGUACCAACUUCUAUUCAUGCCACCGUUGCCAUAACAAUUCCAAAGAAUGUGACAAUGAGGAAGCUAAAGCAAGUCAUGCAACUCACCUUAAAUGCAGCUAUUGUCAUCAUGAACAAGAGAUUGGUGAAGACAGUGCCAAGUGUCGUAGCUGUGGAGCAAAGGUGUCAGCUUAUUUUUGUGGAAUCUGCAAGCAUUUUACAAGCAUUGACAAAAACCCCUAUCAUUGUGAGAAAUGUGGGAUAUGUAGGAUACACAAAGACAAAUCUUUCCAUUGUGAUGUGUGUAAUGUAUGUCUUGACAAGCGUCUGCAAGGAAAACACAAGUGUAGACCAGACUCUGGCCAUGAUGAAUGUUGUAUUUGUCUUGAGGAUGCAUUCAGCGGAUGUCAAAUUUUACCCUGCUCCCACAAAGUUCAUCGGGAAUGUGCAAUAGCUAUGAUACAAAAUGGGAUUCGAACCUGUCCAGUUUGCCGACAUCCAUUAUACAGCCCAGCUCCUGAGUGAAUAGACUUUGAACAGUCCCUUCUCUUCUGGGAAGUCUUUUGUGUGCCCAAAAAAAAAUCGGUGAAAACAAAAAGUGACUGGUGAGCUGAAAUCAAUUUUUUCACUUAAUUUCUUUUCACUCGCAUGACAGACUUUGCUGAGGAGGAGGGACUGCUUGUAGACUACUGAGUGAAAAUCUACAUUGAGGCAUUCUCCAACAAUGGUUUUACCACAGAGUAGAAAAGCAGAUUUGGCAGUAUUUUGCAAAUUCUAUGCUGACUACAGACUUAAAGGACAAGCCUCCCUUGAAGCAAGUAAAAUGCAAUAAGGAAAUGAUUUUCUUCCAAAGGAAUCAAGAAAUCACAGCACAGUGAAUUUCAUCACUUUAAGGAGCCAAGUAAGCUAGUCUUGGUGUAGAGACAUUAUGUGCAGUGGUAAAUGUGUUAUACCGUGAUAACUGGACAUUCUAGUAUCUGAUAAUUAUCUUAAUCCUGUUUGUUUUUGAAAUUUUUUUGGCCUCCAGCGGGAUGUGUAUUUGUCAGCUUCAAAGUCAAUAAUGCUGUUUAUGAUCACUAGGUGCCCAAAUAAUUUUUUUGAUCUGAUUAAUUAUUUUUCCUAACCCUUCAACUCCUACGAUCUAGUAAUUUAAUUCUUCCCUCAAGCUAGUACAUAUUCUUAUAAGUCGAUCAUGAGAAUUUGGUGUUAGGUCAAGAUAAUGUCUACCUAAUAAGUUAGAGUAUUCUCAUUACAAGUGUUCUGGGUGAUUUAUGACUUCUGAGUUUAAGGGUUAAUAAGACUUAAAAUAUGAAUAUAAAUUUUUAUCUUUUCAGUGUACUUUCCCAGUGUUCACAUUCUGUACAGCUCAACUUUGGCUGAUGCAUUUGUUGAGAUUCUCUGGCACAUCAAUUGUUGCAAUUACUAGGCUAUUCAAUCUGUUAUGAAGAAAUGGCUAUGUAAAUCAUUGUAUUUAAUGCAUUUUUCGAGUUUCCAUGUUUUUUCUUUUAAUCCUUUAUUAAUAGUUAUUUAAGGCCAUAAGUUUACAAGGCUGUACGUUGCUUUGACAGACAUUUAGAAGUUCAUGUUUUGUUGUUAAAAGUGUCAAACCGAGUUUUUGAGCCAAAUGCCUUUAGUAAUUGGCCAGGCUAUUAACUGUUGUAUAGAAGGGAAGUUUGACUCAUUUUCACAAUUUUGAAAAAUGUACCAAACCAAAACAGAAUGAAGAAAAAUGCAAAUGAAAAUUGUCAAGAAAAAUUAUUGCUUAUUAUAGUCAGAGAUAUAUUUUUGAUGAAUUUAAAAUAUUUUAUAUUUAUUUAUUGUCUUCAUUAAAUGGAAUGUUGAGUUGACAUA